CAUCCACAAUUAUUUUUGGCCAAAAAACCAAACAGUGGCACCAAUCAUAAGUUGGCAACCGUGAUUCCAAGUCAUCCCACUAGUGUCACAACCGAACAAAAAUAUUAGUUUAAACCCAAAUGUUUGCUUUUAGACCCGUUCCCGCUGUGCCAAUUCACCGAAAAUUGCGUUUUUUACAAUAUUUCACCUGACUCAAGUCUUACGCAACGUUGGAUCAUUCUUGGAGAAAAGUGCGACAUAACCUCAAACUUAACUAUGUGAAAGUUUUUCUUCCGUUAAAUACAAACAAGUGAAGUGAUGAAGAAACUGAGUGGUUCGUUUCGUUACACCCAAUGGGACCCUUGGUUGCUAAUCGCGCAGAUAAUCUCAGUGCAGUGCAUCAUCUACGUGUCUUUGGGGCUCAUUUUGACAGUUCUGGGGGUCCUGGUGGGGGACACGCGCUCCCUGGACCACAUUUUCGAAUAUCACGAGAUCCAAGUGCGCGAUUUUGGGGGGCGCAUGGUGAUCACGGCUUUCGUAAUCAACGCGUUGGUUGGGGCUGUGACCCUCUGGUACGUCGUGGAGCGCACGAAACAGUGCAUGGACUUCAGUUGCACGUGGCAUUUUUUCCACUUGUUGAUUUGCUGGGGGUACAAUGGGAGCUUCCCCACGACUUUCUCCUGGUGGGCGUUGAACGUCGCCUGCGCCACUCUGAUGUGCGUCAGUGCGGAAUUUCUGUGCCUAAGAACUGAACUCAAAGCAAUUCCUUUGUCUCUCGGUCCUAAAACUGAUCUGUAACUGUGAUAUUUUCUAGGGAGAUUUGUAAUUAGGGUGCCAAGUGUAAUAAAAAAUUAUUUAUUCAGGUCUACA